CAAGAAGCUCGUUCUCGAUCUCGAGCCGUCUCCAUCUCCGCUUCCGAUAUCUAGGGUUUCGCCGCUCCCGAUCAUGUACCGAGCUGCAGCUUCUCUCAACGCUUUCAAGCGCCAUGCAGGCGAUACCAGGGUGUGUGGCCCUGCUGCUCGAUUUGCCAGCACAAGCAUUGCAAAAAGGUCCUCUGGUGGAUUCUUCAGUUGGCUCACAGGAGAGAAGUCCAGUCAGCUUCCUGCCUUAGAUUUUCCUCUUCCAGGUGUUACCCUCCCUCCUCCGCUUCCUGAUCAUGUAGAGCCAGGAAAGACAAAGAUCACAACUCUUCCAAAUGGUGCCAAGAUCGCCUCAGAAACAUCACCAAAUCCUGCUGCGUCAAUAGGAGUAUAUGUUGACUGUGGUUCAAUAUAUGAAACUCCUGCUCUUUUUGGGGCCUCUCAUCUGUUGGAGAGAAUGGCCUUCAAGAGCACAACAAACAGGAGUCAUCUGCGGAUUGUGCGCGAAGUAGAAGCUAUUGGAGGCAAUGUUAGUGCAUCUGCCUCUCGCGAACAGAUGGGUUAUACUUAUGAUGCUCUUAAAACAUACAUGCCUGAGAUGGUAGAGGUGCUUAUUGACUGUGUCAGGAAUCCUGCCUUCCUUGAUUGGGAAGUCAAUGAGCAGCUUCAGAAACUGAAGGCAGAGAUUGGAGAAGCUGCAAACAAUCCUCAGGGUUUGCUCUUAGAGGCUCUUCAUUCUGCUGGGUACUCUGGUGCACUGGCAAAUCCUCUGGUUGCUCCAGAAUCUGCAAUUAAUAGAUUAAAUAGUAACAUUUUGGAGGAAUUUGUUGCUGAGAACUACACUGCUUCCCGCAUUGUGCUAGCAGCAUCUGGCGUGGACCAUGAUGAGUUAGUUUCAAUAGCUGAGCCUCUUUUGUCUGAUCUUCCCAAGGUCGCUCGUGUUAUGGAGCCAAUGUCCGUGUAUGUUGGAGGUGAAUAUAGAUGCCAGGCGGAUUCGGGGAAGACGCAUCUCGCCAUUGCUUUUGAGGUUCCUGGUGGUUGGCUUAAUGAGAAGGAUGCCAUGACCCUUACUGUUCUUCAGAUGCUUAUGGGAGGUGGUGGCUCUUUUUCUGCUGGAGGCCCGGGCAAAGGGAUGCAUUCUCGGCUAUAUAGGCGGGUCUUGAAUGAGUUCCAACAGAUUGAGUCUUACUCUGCUUUCAAUAGUAUCUACAACUAUACAGGCAUUUUUGGAAUUCAUGCAACUACGGGUCCAGAUUUUGUUAAUAAAGCUGUUGAUUUGGCAGCUAGAGAACUUGUUGCAGUUGCAACUCCUGGCCAAGUUGAACAGGUAGAACUUGACCGUGCCAAAGCAUCAACCAAGUCUGCAGUUUUGAUGAACCUCGAAUCAAGAAUGGUAGCAUCAGAAGAUAUUGGGCGCCAAAUCUUGACAUAUGGCGAGAGGAAACCUAUCGAACAUUUCUUGAAAAUGUUAGAUGAAAUUACACUGAAAGAUAUUGCAUCACUUGCAGAGAAGUUAAUUUCAUCCCCGCUCACAAUGGCUUCUUGGGGAGAUGUUAUCCAUGUUCCCAGUUAUGAAUCUGUUAGCGGGAAGUUCCGAUCAAGGUAAAUUACCCCAAGGCCUGAUGAAUGUAUAAUCUUCUGCAAUUUUGAAGGCCCUCCUUGGCUACAAUAUUUGCAACUGAAAAAUAAAUCAAUUGAUCGAGAGAAUUAGCCCUCUCUCGGCAUUGAACCUUGAUUCAUUUUGGUAUUUUAUUGUAUCUCCUUUGCCAACCCUUUUAACCGUUAUGGAACUUUUGAUGAGUUAUGAUAUAAACUUGUGUAGCACCAAAGGAUAACUAAACUCGCAUCAUUCUAAUGUUUUUUGAUGUUUGGGAUAAACUUAAGAAGCAUGAAA